UCUUGCGUGUUUUUGGUCGAAGUUGACAUUCGCACUUCCAUCAGCUAGUGUUGUGAUUCCAAGUGCAAAGAAAAUUACCAGCGACUAGUCGAGUCAAAAUGAAGCUGCUGAACAAUUUGCUGUUGAAGCGCACCUCCACUUACCUGGUCGGAAUUGCGGGAGCUGUGUUUUUCUUCGAGCGCGGCUUCGAUAUGAUAACAGAUACCAUUUUCGAAUCCCACAACAAAGGGAAAUUAUGGAAAGACAUUAAGCAUAAAUACGAGCAGUAAACAUCGACUUACAUAAUGAAGCCGACCAGCUUUCUGUUUAUUGAUUAAUAAACCUUAGCUCACUAGAACCAUGAAAA